AUGUCUAGACCAUGUAGAUUUAUAUCUCCAGUUUUCAAAAAGUUCUCAAAAGAAUAUACAACAUAUACUUUCCUUCAUGUUGACAUUGACCAACCAAAUGGUCAUCCAUUAGUAUCAACAAUUUCAAGUUUACCACAUUCCAAUUUUACGUAA